AUGCAGCCCCGUGAAAUCACAGAAUUAAAAUAUCGGCUAAACACGAUAAUUCUAGAAUGUUGCGGGGCGAAGCACUACAGGCUGACGGCUUGGGUUGAUUUAAUAGAUAUUGUUGGGCAAUUUCGCACCGCUCUCGGCAAGACUCCACCUGAGCGACCGGUAGAGGCUAGGAAAGUAAGAGAGGCUUUGAUUUGGUGCUGUAAACGUGUUUAUGGAUUGUAUCGGGACAUUCUGCAGAAAGACGAAAAGCUAAUAAAGUACCACGCAAAAUUCGAGUGUUAUUUGGGCGACAUCUCGCGCUACAAGCAUCAAUGCUUGCCCGACCAGCGACGAAAAGGGUCACCGUUGCUAGCAACCAAGCAAUUAUGGCUCAACAGGGCAUAUUCACACUACCAGCAAGCGUUCAAAGUCAAUUAUCAUGGGGCGUGUACGAGAUUAGCUAUUCUGGCCACCGAUAGAGGGGAUAUGCUAUCGGCAAUGUGUUUAUGUGCUGAGGGAGCGUUAAUAUGUCACAGACAAAAGCAGCAGGUUUCACGUCCGCUUACUCUGCUCAAGCGGUGUGCAGUCAUGGCUACGCGGAGCAAAUCAGCGUACAGUGGAGUAGCUGGCGUGAUCGCCGGGUCACAAAGGUCGAUCUCUGAGUUCUUGAAUAGUGAUGUUGACCGAAUACACACUGAACAGCACCAAUGGAAGAGUGUUGCUGCUCUGAGUGCGGCUCUUGAACAGCUCAGCUGCCUAGGGAUCUGGGAUGAUCGGCUUCACCAGCUUCCACAUAUUAUCCAGUGUAUGUCGAAAAUACCCGCUUUCAACUCAGCGUACGCAAACAUGAAGAGAAAAAUAAUAUAA